AUGUCGAAGUUGUUCCGCACAGUCGGUGCAAAGGGUUUCCAGCCCUUCGAUUGGGCUAACGCGGCGCAGUACGCCUCGGGUACCACGCCAAUGAUGAGGGUACCGGCCUGCUACAUCAACGGCGCGUGGGUAGCAAGCGCGCUCUCGGACAAGACGGUGACCGUCGAGGAUCCGUGUACAAACCAGGUCAUCGGGGCUAUUCCAUGCAUGGGCUUCGCGGAGACGACGGCCGCUAUCGAGGCUGCCAGGGCUGUGUUUGAGAGCUGGAGACAAGUCAUGCCGCGUCAGCGCGCCGCAGCGGUGCGGCGCUGGGGAGAGCUCAUGCUGAAGCACUGUGACGUCGUUGCAAACAUUCUCUCUCGCGAGUCCGGCAAGGUCAUCGCGGAGGGAAAGGGCGAGGUGCUGUACGCGCAAGGGUACGCGGACUGGUAUGCCGGCGAGGCAGAGCGGAUCUACGGCGACAUCAUCCCCGGUCCUCGCCCAGGCGUGCAGACGACUGUCUUUCGGGAGCCGGUCGGCGUUGUGGGCAUCAUUACCCCGUGGAACUUCCCGGCAGCGAUGAUCAUGCGCGCCGCCUGCGGUGCCAUCGCGGCCGGCUGCACCGUCGUGCUCAAACCUGCCGAGCUCACCCCGUUCACGGCCAUGGCGCUUGCCCAGCUCGCCGACGAGGCCGGCAUCCCGCCAGGCGUCUUCAACGUCGUCGCCGGUGAUGCCCCCAAGAUCGGCGACGCACUCGUCGACUCCUUCGACGUGCGCAAGAUCUCUUUCACCGGCUCCACCCGCGUCGGCCAGCACCUCUACCGUCGGUGCUCCGAGACGAUGAAGAAGGUCAGCAUGGAGCUCGGCGGCAACGCGCCGUGUAUCGUCUUUGAGGACGCCGACCUGCCUCGUGCCGCUGAUCAGCUUAUCGCCGCAAAGUUCCGCAACGCGGGCCAAACGUGCAUCUGCGUGAACCGCGCGCUCGUGCAGGCGAGUGUCUAUGAGGAGUUCAAGAGUCUUGUGGCCGACCGGGUGCGCGCGCUGAAGGUGGGCAACAGUUUUGACCCCGCUGUGAAGGUAGGUGCCGUGAUUGGAAGCGCCACGCUAGAGCGCAUGACUCACGUGGUGGAGGAUGCUGUGGAGAAGGGGGCCACGGUGAUGGUGGGUGGAAAGGCUGUGGGGGGCCGUGGCUACUUCUUCGAGCCGACGCUGCUCACCAACGUGCCGCACGACACAGCGCUGUGCUGUCACGACGAGCUUUUCGGCCCUGUUUUGCCCCUUUUGCCCUUCGACACGGAAGAGGCUGCCGUGAAGAUGGCCAACAAUACUCGAGCCGGGCUGGCUUCGUACUUCUUCACCAGCGAUUACCGUCGCCAGCACCGCGUUGCGCGGGCGUUGCGCUAUGGCAUGGUGGGUGUCAACGACAGCGCCCUUUCCAGCCCAGCGGCUCCGUUUGGCGGGGUCAAGGAGAGUGGGAUCGGCCGGGACGGGUCCAAGUACGGCAUUGAAUCCUUUGUCGACAUCAAGUAUGUCCUCUUCUCGACUGUCUAG